AUGUCUUUCUCCUGCCUUGUCAACAGUGUCAAUGGACACAUCCCAGCAUCGGAGCGGAUUCCUCCAAUAGUGAGACACUUGGUCAGCGAGAGGGCGAAGCAGACGAUUGAUAUUGUCGAGCGGUUUGUCGAACAGGAAUGCAUCCCGGCGGACCCAGUCUUUGAGGCUGCACUCGGCGAAACCACACGGGAGCGGUUCUCCACCCAUCCAGCCAUCCUCGAGGAUCUUAAACGCCGAGCUCGCUCUCUAGGCUUGUGGAACCUUUUCUUGCCACGCAAUCACUUCCAUGGCCUCGGAGCCGAUUUCACCAACCUCGAGUAUGCGCUCAUGGCGGAACUCCUUGGCAAGAGCAUCAUUGCAAGUGAGGCGUGUAAUUGCUCUGCCCCCGACACCGGGAAUAUGGAGGUGUUAGCCAAGUAUGGAAAUCCGGAACAGAAGAAAAAGUGGCUGGAGCCGUUGUUGGAAGGCACAAUUCGAAGUGCCUUUUUGAUGACGGAGCCGGGCGUUGCAGGUAGUGACGCAACAAACAUUGGACAGGGACUCAAGAUCGAAAGAACUCCAGAUGGUGGAUGGGUCCUGAAUGGGGAGAAAUGGUGGAGUAGUGGCGCAGGGGAUUUGAGAUGCAAGCUCUACAUCGUGUUCGGAAAGACUGACCCCACCAACAAAGAUCUGUAUCGGCAGCAAACUGUUGUACUUGUGCCAGCCAAUACACCUGGAAUCACUGUGAAAAGGGUCUUAUCAGUUGUUGGGUAUGAUCAUGCUCCAGAGGGUCAUGCUCAUAUUUCCUUCCACAAUGUCUAUGUGCCAAAGACAAAUGUCAUUCUUGGUGAAGGCCGAGGCUUUGAGGUUGUUCAAGGCAGGCUAGGGCCUGGGAGGAUUCAUCAUGCUAUGAGGUCUAUUGGAGCAGCCGAAAAAGCCCUUGAAUGGGCACUUGCCCGCAUCAGUGACCCUAAUCGAACUACUUUUGGGAAACCGCUUUCUGAGCAUGGAAUGAUGAUCGAACGAAUUGCCCAAAGCAGGAUUAAUAUCGAUGCGGCUCGCCUUGCUGUGCUGAACGCCGCCAGGAAAAUUGAUGACGGUGACGCAAAGCAUGCCCUCAAAGAAAUUGCCGAAGUGAAAGUUCUCGUUCCAAAGGUCAUGACAGAAGUCAUCGAUCGUGCGAUACAGGCAAAUGGAGGUGUCGGUGUGUCUCAAGAUACACCAUUAGCAAGCAUGCUAGCGAUUGCAAGGAUGAUGAGGAUUGUCGAUGGACCAGACGAAGUUCACAUCUUUCAACUGGGCAGGAAUGAGAUCAAGCAUGGACCUGCAUUUAAAGGACGCAUUGAGGCUCAGAAAAUAAGAACAUCAGAGUUAUUCAGAGACUAUGCUGUUCCUCAAGUGGAUCGAUUGUCUUUGAACAGAAGCUCAGGAGGGUCAAAAUUGUAA